CGCGAGAUCUGGCGGCGGAGGUGGCAGCAGGCCAGGCAGGAAGCGUAAAAAAGACGUUCUGCUUGGCUACGUACGCGCCGGCCAUAGAAAAGCGUUGUGCAAGCGGCGAGCAGUUCAGUGCAAGUCAACAGUGUUGUUGGGUUGGCGUAGGUUGUUGGAGUCGUGGAAACCCCCUACGUUACCGUGCAAAAAGAAAGGCAGAAUGUCGCGCCAACAGCAACAGCCAAACGCUGUUUCCAACCUCAUCAGCCGCGAGGAGAAUGACAUCGCUCACCGUAUUCUCGGCAUACGCCGAACGACCCUUGCCAUUACCGUGGCGCAGCUUUACCAGGGAGCGGGAGGCUCGUGGUCCCCGCAUCCGAAAGUCGGCGUUAUUUGCUUCGUGAAGGACAACGAGAAGCGCUCCUACUACAUUCGCAUGGUGGAUGUCGUGAACCGCCAGCAGGUGUUUGAACAGGAACUGUACAGCCAGAUUGUGUACAAGCAGACGCGGUCGUACUUUCAUCAGUUCCCCGGAGAUAGAUGCCAGAUUGGCCUAAACUUCGCAGAUGAGGGUGAGGCUGGCUACUUCUAUGACCAGGUCAACAAGAAAAUCUCCGAGCGCGCCACUCGCAAAGCAAAGGGUCGUCACCAGUCGGUGAAAGGCAGAAGCGGGCCACCGGGCGGACCACCACCGCCGGUAGCAGCAGCAGCACCCCCACCGGCUGUACCGCAGAGUCACUCUGCUCCUAGUGCUUCUAUGGCGCCCUCGACCACCAUCACAUCCACCGCUUCUCUCUCCACUACCGGGAAAUCAAAGAAAGACAAGAAUGCCAAAAAGGGUGGUAAAGAUAAGGGAAAGAAGAGACUGACAAAGCUGGACAUCUCUGGGCCCAGCAACUUUCAGCACUUGAGUCACAUUGGCUGGGAUCCUGUGCAAGGCUUCGAUAGCAACAACAUUGCUCCUGAGUGGCAGCAACUCUUCGACCAAGUUGGUGUUACGCAGGAUCAGCUGAAGGACAAGGAAACGGCGCAGUUCAUCUAUGACUACGUUGAGAAGUCCGGAGGCAUCCAGAAGUGGGCCGAGGACCACCAGCCCAGAGGACCACCACCUGCUGCUCCUGCACCUCCUGGUCGUGCUGGCCCACCUGGUCCACCGCCCCCGAACAGAAACAACGCCCCUCCUCCACCCCCAGCCUCCACAUCGCGAGGUGCUCCUCCGCCCGCACCCCCUGGCUCGCGUGGUGCACCCCCACCUCCGAAUCGCGGAGGUCCACCACCACCUCCACCAGCACCCAUGUCUGGCGGCCCACCACCUCCACCGCCGCCACCACCAGCGGGGGCACCACCUCCACCCGGCCCACCUCCUCCACCUUCUUUGAAUGCACCCGCCGCUCCACCUCCUCCACCAAUGGGGGAUAUGGGUGGCGGCGGCGGUGAUGGUGGUGGCCGUGGUGAUCUCCUCAGCUCAAUCCGUGCUGGCAGCAGCCUCAAGAAGGUAGAAGCAAGUUCUGGUAAUGGCGGCGGCGGCGGUGGCGGAGAUGGCCGUGGAGAUCUGCUCAGCUCCAUUCGGGCCGGAACUAAGUUGAACAAGGUUGAAGCCGGUCAAGAUGACCGCCGUGCAUCCAAGCAACCGGCACAAGAAGACGUGGGAGGAAUGGCUGGAGCACUGGCAAGAGCUCUGGCUGACCGCUCCAAGGUCAUACAUUCUGAUGAGGAUGAAGACAGCGAUUUCGAGGAGGAAGAUGAAGAAGAUUGGGAUGACUAAGUCCAGGAAGAACUACGAAUGGCAUUGCCCAUGACAUUUUUCUUCUUAACUUGCUUCUAGAUUCAACAAUUCCUUCUUUUAUUGCCGGUACUACCUAUGCUCAGAACUGGGAAUUACUAGUACAUUCGAAGUAUGUGUAGAACAUGUACUGUCACUUAUUUGCCCUGGCAAAUUUUCAUGGAUCUCGCCCAUUUCGUGUCUGCCAUUUUUCCCUAUUUCAGUUUCCUGCCAAACUCUCUGAUCAGUGUUGUCAAGAGCCCGGUCACGAUGCUGCGCUCUUGCCAUGCAGUGCUGCCCCACCCCUCUCCAUUUUUGCUCCCGCUGGCGUGGAUUGCAUGUGUAGGGCCCUUUUUAUUGUGUACAUGUAUAAUUAGUGUAUAAUUAUUAUUAUUAUUAUUACUAUGUAACAGACAGUUAGACAUGCAUUCUUUUCUGGUCAGUUUGGAUGUUUGAGCAAAACCAGCCAGACUUGUCCCCAUCACAUACUAGUAAUUAAUAUCGUACAUAUUAGAAUUUAGACAUCAAUCAUGUUGCACACAUUUACAUGAACAACUCUGACGAACAACGAAACGAAUAUUGCGACCAGCAACCCAUAUGAGGUAAAACACAG